AUGUAUACCCCACUCACUAUUUUUGCUAUUGCUUUUGCGGUAUCUUGUGCAGAACCACCAAGGUACAACCCAACGCAGUCACAGAGGGCAGAAGCUGCUCCGUAUCCAUAUUCCGGAUGGAGACCAUCAGGGCCUGAAUUUAGACUUCCAGAACCUCACAGAAUCUAUGGACCUCCUCCUCAAGAAUAUGGACCCCCACCACAGGAAUAUGGACCGCCGCCAUCAGAAGAGUACGGCUCUCCAGAUGAACCACCUACUACUACUGUAGAACCAGAAGCUACCACUACGGAACUACCCACAACAACCGAAAGCAACGACUUGGAAGCUAAAGACUUAGGUUCUGGAGAUGCGGAUCUUCAAAGUGAAAAACUGAAAAACGCGGAUGAAGGGGUGUAUUAUGUAUACCACCCCAGUGGGUUGCUUCAAAGGGUAGUAUAUGCCACCCAGGACGAUGUGGAGAAGAUGGCUUUCAGCGCCAAGUUGAAGUAUGAGAAUGUGGAACCUAUCAAGGGACCUAUUUUUACUUACGACCCAAAAACAUAUGUUUUUAAAAGGUUGUGA